AUGGAUUUGAUAACCAAUGUGAGCGAGUUUGAAGCAAUUGCGAAACAAAAAUUGCCAAAGAUGAUUUAUGACUACUAUGCAUCAGGGGCAGAAGAUGAAUGGACAUUGAAAGAGAACCGAAAUGCAUUCUCAAGGAUUAUGUUCAGGCCGCGGAUUCUUAGGGAUGUAAGCAAGAUAGACUUGACAACAAAUGUAUUAGGGUUUGAUAUAUCAAUGCCUAUCAUGAUUGCUCCAACAGCUAUGCAAAAGAUGGCUCACCCUCAAGGAGAAUAUGCUACUGCUAGGGCAGCAUCAGCUGCUGGCACAAUCAUGACACUAUCCUCAUGGGCUACUUCCAGUGUUGAGGAGGUUGCUUCAACAGGACCUGGCAUUCGCUUUUUCCAACUUUACGUGCUUAAAGACAGAAACGUGGUUACUCAGCUUGUGAGAAGAGCUGAAUCUGCCGGUUUCAAGGCAAUUGCGCUUACUGUUGACACUCCAAUUCUUGGUCGUAGGGAAGCUGAUAUUAAAAACAGAUUUACAAUGCCAUCACACCUUGUCUUGAAAAACUAUGAAGGGUUGGAUCUUGGAAAGCUGGAUAAGACUAAUGAUUCUGGUCUAGCCUCUUAUGUUGCUGGCCAAGUUGACCGGUCACUCAACUGGAAGGAUGUGAAAUGGCUUCAAACAAUCACCUCAUUGCCAAUUUUAGUGAAGGGUGUAAUUACCGGUGAAGAUACAAAGUUAGCUAUACAAGCUGGAGUUUCUGGAAUCAUCGUUUCCAAUCACGGUGCUCGCCAACUUGACUAUGUGCCUGCAACUAUUACGGCUUUAGAAGAGGUUGUGAAAGCAGCAGGUGGAAAAAUUCCGGUUUUUCUGGAUGGUGGAGUCCGUAGAGGGACAGAUGUUUUUAAAGCACUGGCUCUUGGAGCAUCCGGUGUAUUUAUUGGAAGACCUGUGGUGUUCUCAUUGGCUGCUGAUGGCGAAGCUGGUGUAAAGAAAGUACUUGAGAUUCUUCGUGAUGAGUUUCAACUAACUAUGGCAUUAUGUGGUUGUCGCUCACUAGGGGAGAUAACUCGUGAUCAUGUUGUCACAGAGUGGGACCGCCCAAGAAUUGAUCCUAGAUUAUAA